CGUUUGGCUCAAAGUGUCUGAAAGACAGUGCCUUUUUUAAUGGGCGUAUUGUCAUUUGUCUUUUAAUAUUGUAAAUAAAUUUGCCCAUUCGCCAUCGAAUGUAUUUUUAAGCUUCAAGACUGAAACAUAUCGAUAUAUUGUCUUAAAAAUUAUUUUAUGGCUUCUCAAACAUACAUUCAUUCUAAGAAUUUAGUGAAAUUUCAAAACUUGUGACAGAAGAGAGUCGAUCGAAAGUUUACACAUCACUUGAGAGGAGGCAAAUAGUCAUUUUAAAAUGAGCUUGCCAAGGGCCCAGAUGCAAUCCCUGAAUGGAAAACGACAAAAUUCCCAAAGAAUGCAGCAAGAAACAUCGCCAACACAACAUGAUGACUUAAUAAGAUACAUAUGUGAAUCAUGGAACACAGUAUCAAGGGAACUGGAGAACUUUAGUCAAAAUGGUGCUGACACUAACAAAGGAGGUCCAAGUGUUUUGUACUAUGUGGAACAGGAACCAAAUCCACAGCUGAAAGAUUUUGAACCAUUUGAUCUUGAAGCAUGGUGGGGGAAGAGAGUGGUGCAAAAUAUUACCCGUACCCAGUCAUCGUAGUGGGUAGGACACAUUCGUCUCUUGCAUCCUGUUGCCAGAAAUGUGUCCGUUCAUAACGAGGACAUGGACAUCUGCCAAGUAUUACUCUGUAUGGACUUUGCUGCAUUUCAGUAAAACAUGCAAAAAUUUGCAUAUGAUUUUGACAAUGAAAAGUGAUAUCAAGUGGGAAGAACUAUGAAUUAAUUUUUUUAGGUGCAGUAGGAUUUAUUGGCUAUCAAAGCAUUAUUACAAUCAUUGUCUCACAGAGAAAUAAUUUUGGGGCAAUAUAGUAAAGUAGGACAAUUUCUUAAAUUAGUGAUUGCAUCUGAAGUGAAAAUUCAGAUGAAAGAUGAAAUAAUAAGUUAAAUUUUGACAUCAUUCAUUUGUUUGGAAUGGAGUUCCCAUUGUUACCUCACAGUUUUAUAAAAAAUUUAAAGGUAUUUUAUUCCUUAAAUGAAAACAAUUGUCAUAUUCAGUCUAACCUUGUCAGUAUUCUCUUUAGCAUAGUUAUCAUGUGUGUUGGAAAGCAGAAGGAUUGAGGAAUAUUUAACUUUUGGAACACAUGACACAUUCCUUCCAUUCUUUUAUUACUUUAUCACAUCAGUCAGGAUUAACUCAUGUCAGCUGACAUUUGACAUUUUACUCUGGUACAGUAUUUUGUUAUUUGAGUUUUAAUGUAAGGUGACAUUUGUUUACCUGGAUAUAGAUUAUCUCGAUUGUAAGUAUUCUUUAACUUUUAUAUUCUGCAAAAUGAUAAAUAAAACAACAUUCACAAACAGACGGAGUUCACAAGUAUGUUUUAUACUCUUUAACGUUAAUUAAGAAUUAUACGCAUCAAAUUGUAAAAGUUACGAUAUAAUUAAAACAGUUGUAGGUAGAAAAUGAA